AUGGGUCUCAGCCCCCAGCUUGCCGUCAUCCUGCUCUGCCUUCUCGCCUGUACCGGGAACCCUAUCCACAGACACAAAGGCAGCCGUUUGGAAGAGAUCAUCAAUAGUUUGAACCAGGUCACAAAAAAAGGGACGCCAUGCACCGAGAUGCUUGUACCAGACGUCUUUACAGCAAGGAAGAACACCACGGACAACGAGCUCAUCUGCAGGGCUCACAAGGUGCUUGGCAAAUUUUAUCCCCAACCUGAGAUAUUUCCGUGCUUGAAGAACAACUAUAGUGUUGUCACUGAACUGAAGAAACUCUUUAGAGCCAUCAGCAGCCUGAAUCCGCCGAAAAGCUGCACCGUGAAUGAGUCCACGCUCACAACACUGAAAGACUUCCUGGAAAGCCUAAGAAGCAUCAUGCGAAAGAAAAACUGGCAGUAUUGA